AGGAAACGAGCCGGGGCAUGAGUCGAGUCCUUCUCUCUUCUCAUUUUUUGACACAGUUCACCACAUUUCAUCCACUUGGAAACUCCGAGUAAUCCCUCAACGUGCUGGGCGUACCUACGUGUUUUUUCAUGACAGAGGAGUAAGGUGAGGGACGGGGUCACGGCUCCAUAUAUACUUGGCGCGUCGGGGCUCUGGAUGGGCUCUUGGAGGAGUAAAAACUGCGGGGGAAAGCUCGCACACAGGACAGGAGCGGCGAUACCCACCCAAACAAGCCGGUGCCCCCAAGUUCCCACCGUUUAAACCCUGGUGCGACUGAUAUGGAAAGUCUAUGACUCCUUGCUGGCAGACUUUUAAACACUUAUCCUCACAGUGAGCAAUGUAGUUCACCAUCGCACUAUCAAGUGGGCUAUUUGUCACGAUGACAGCGCUUACACCUAUGAACCGUGCGCUUCUGGGACUCGCGUGGAGCUGUCUGAGUUUUCUCUCCUGCGCGCAAUGCGCCUUAAGUGACAACCAUGUGCACUCCAGCUUUAUUUACAGGAGGUUGCGCAAUCACGAGCGCAGGGAGAUCCAAAGAGAGAUCCUCUCCAUCCUGGGCUUGCCUCACCGUCCGAGGCCCUUCUCUCCCGGGAAGCAGGGCUCCUCCGCGCCGCUCUUCAUGCUCGAUCUGUACAAUGCCAUGGCCGUGGAGGAGGAGGAGGAGGCGCUGCACCGGGGCGCAGCGAAGAGCCUCGGUGCCAAGGCUCAGGGGCAUUCCAGGAGAAGCUACUACAGUCCCCAGCAUGCCAGCUACUCCCGUGUGGCGCAGCCCUACCGAGCGGCCCCUCUGCUGGGCCACAGUCCAGCCCUCAGCACGGCGCAUGACACCAACUUCCUCAAUGAUGCUGAUAUGGUCAUGAGUUUUGUCAAUUUAGUGGAGAAAGAUAAAGAUUUUUCUCACCAAAGAAGACACUACAAGGAGUUCCGUUUCGAUCUGACUCAGAUCCCAGACGGAGAGGCGGUGACUGCAGCAGAGUUCCGGAUCUACAAGGACCGCAGCCAUUCUCGUGACGACAAUAUCACCCUGAAGGUUACAAUAUAUCAAGUCAUCAAGGAAUAUCAGAACAAAGAUGCAGAAACAUUCUUGCUCGGCUCUAAAAAGGUCCAGGCAUCCGAUGGGGGCUGGCUAGUAUUUGACAUAACAGCCACCAGCAACCACUGGGUGAUGAACCCGCAGCAGAAUCUGGGUCUGCAGCUCUGUGUGGAAACUAUUGACGGGAGAAGCAUUAACAUAAAAUCUGCUGGAAUAAUCGGGAGGAACGGGCCCCAGUCCAAACAGCCGUUCCUGGUUGCUUUCUUUAAGGCCAGUGGGGUGUUGCUUCGCUCUGUCAGAGCCGCUGGUGGGAAAAAAAAGAACCACAACCGCAAUAAAUCUAAUAAUCAACAAGAAUCAUCAAGGCCACCGAAAACUGGCGAAUAUAACACCAGUGAACAGAAGCAAGCUUGUAAGAAACAUGAGCUGUAUGUCAGCUUCCGAGACUUAGGCUGGCAGGAUUGGAUCAUUGCACCGGAGGGCUAUGCAGCGUUUUACUGUGAUGGUGAAUGCUCGUUUCCACUCAAUGCCCACAUGAAUGCAACAAAUCAUGCAAUUGUACAAACCCUGGUCCAUUUAAUGUUUCCUGACAAUGUGCCAAAGCCAUGCUGUGCCCCAACCAAGCUCAACGCAAUAUCAGUACUCUAUUUUGAUGACAGCUCAAAUGUCAUCCUGAAAAAAUACAGAAACAUGGUAGUCAGAUCUUGUGGGUGCCAUUAGUUGUAAAGCAUUCAGAGGUAAUUUAUGCAGCCUGAUGUGGGAAUUGCUGGAAAACACGUCUGCUGCAGGUGUGAUGUGAUGUUAAGUGUUAUGUAUAUAUUGUGUUAUUACUUAAUUUAUUUUCUUUCUCAAAAUAGCACUGAAUAUUGUGAUAUUUAAAUGUUUAGGACAAAAUGUUGAUAUUUACUUUAUAUUAGUUAUCAUUUUACAUCUGUGUCCUUUGGCAUAUACUCUCAUCUAUAUGAUAACUCUCAUGAGUAAACUGUUCACUGGAGUUAUAGUCAUUGCUUCCCCUUUUGCUUGUAUUUUCUCUGCAUAUCAAAACUGUGUUGUAUAUACUAAAGGAAUUACACUUCUUAAUAAGUAUAUGAUAUGCCUAACUUCUUAUGUCAUUUUUCUUUUAUUAGAUCAUACCAAUAGUGGUUCAUUCACAGAUGACAAGGUGACAAAUGUAAAGUACAGGGCCACACGUUACCUUUAUGAACAGGGGAAUUGUCAGGGUCAUGGCGUUAGAAUGAACUUCACAAGUCUAUCAGGGUGUUGGAAACAGCAUAAGUCAAACUGAAUAAAAGUGGACAAAAAGUAGGGGUUCUCUGUUCUGAAGCAAACUGCCUGAAGCUCUUUUCAAGCUGUCAACAUGUAUCAGUGUUGAUACUGUUUCACAUUCUCCUCUUCUGUCUCUCAUACUAUGUGUGUGUCACUUUGCAGCAAAUAUAUCUGUCUAUCAUUAUAUUUCUAUAUCAAUAUCUAUAUAUUUCUAUUGUUGUUAUUUGAAUUAACACUGUUCCACAGUUCCUCAUUUCUUCUGAGCAUAACUAAAGAUACUGUGGUUCCAUGCUAACUUUAGCAGAUGUUUUGGAAGCAUAUCAUAAUGUAGAUUGUUGUGAAUUUGAAUAAAUGUACUUCUUUAAAGUUCUUAA